UGAUCCCGUAACAUCUACGUGUAGACCACGACUAGAAACAGGGUGAGAUCGUGGGGGCUCCGGUAAGCGAGAGGUACAGUACAAUACCUGCAGCCAAAACGGGGGAUCGGCGUAUUACCAGCUACGUGCUAUGAUAUCAUUCACACUUGUCUCUUGAUCCCUCUUUAGCCCCGCUUUCACGAUGACUGCCACUGCCUCAUCAAAACAACCGCCGAGUCGUGUAGGACAAGAAGUUACACACCUCAGGAACAAAAAUACACUAGCAAUCGCGAUGCUCUCCUUAUCAGCCGCCCUCAUCGCCCUCGCCGCCGGCCUGGUUCUCCGAACAGGCUCCAACCCUUCAUCUCACGGCGUGGCUGGGGCUUCACUGGCAGUCCCGCCUCUGGCGCAGGUGAUCGACCAGAGAAGCUUCAAUGUGCUACCGACAGUGCUCCCUCCUGCGCAAUCCAAUGGCACGACUCCAUUUAUCCCGCCCGGCAUAGAUAAAGACUCGCUAUAUGCCAAGCCCUUCCACAUCUACGACAACGAGUUCUAUACCGUGAUCGGGUCCAAUCCGACCCUGGCACUGAUUGCCAAGUCCGACAAGGAUCCUCUGUUUCACGAGGCUGUGGUUUGGUAUAAACCUACAGAUGAAGUAUUCUUCGUGCAGAAUGCCGGAGCCAACGAUGCCGGCACCGGCCUCAACAAGUCGGCCAUCAUCCAGAAGAUCUCCCUAGCUGAGGCCGCCAAAGUCUCCAGCGUUGGGAACGCCACGGGGAGGGUGACGGUUACGACUGUCCCUUCAAAUCCAAUGAUUGUUAAUCCAAAUGGCGCUACCAACUACCGCGGCCAACUCCUCUUCGCCGGAGAAGGUCAAGGCGACGACAUCCCCUCCGCACUAUACAUCAUGAACCCCCGCGAGCCGUACAACACGACGGUACUUGUAAACAACUACUUCGGCCGUCAAUUUAGCUCGCUGAAUGAUAUUGGUAUCAACCCGCGAAACAAAGAUGUCUAUUUCACAGAUACACUCUACGGCUAUCUGCAGGAUUUCCGGCCCGCCCCUGGACUCCGCAACCAGGUGUACCGUCUAAAUGACAAGACUGGCGCAGUCACUGUUGUGGCUGACGGCUUUACACUCCCCAACGGUAUUGGCUUCUCGCCCGACGGACGGCAUGUGUAUAUCACCGAUACGGGUAUCAACCACGGGUUAUUUGGAUUCAACUAUUCAGACCCAGCCACCAUUUAUCGAUUCGACGUGAAGGAAGAUGGCACAUUCGAGAACCGCAAAACGUUUGCCUUCGUAGACGCUGGUGUCCCAGACGGUGUCAAGUGUGACUCCGACGGAAAUGUCUAUGCGGGCUGCGGUGAUGGCGUGCAAGUCUGGAAUCCAUCCGGCAAGCUCAUUGGCAAGAUUUACCUAGGCGGUACGUCGGCCAACUUCCAGUUCGCCGGCGACGGACGCAUGGUCAUCUGUGCUGAGACGGAGUUGUAUUAUGCGACGUUGGCCGCUUCCGGGGCUGUUGUUGAGGACCAGAUGUAAAGGCGAGCCAGCUCCGGCUCCGAAGCCCACAUGCUUCCAGGAGAUGGUAACGAUAUUUGGGUGAUUUGUUAUUCCAAAUCCAGAUACUAUAAACAUUAUUAAUU